GAAUCGGAUCGCGCUCAAGUCUCUCUCUAGAAAUGGUUGACAAUAUAGAUGCCCGUUGCUCAAGUACUCAUGAAGAAGAUGGCUACAUCAAGGAGCAAGACCUCUUGUUACCAAUAGCCAACGUUGCUAGGAUCAUGAAGCAAAACUUGCCCUCGAACGCCAAAAUCGCAAAGGAAGCCAAGGAAACAAUGCAAGAGUGUGUGUCCGAGUUCAUCAGCUUUGUGACCAGUGAAGCAUCCGAGAAGUGCAAGAAAGAGAGGAGGAAGACGGUGAACGGAGACGACGUUUGCCGGGCUCUCUGCGCCCUAGGGUUCGAUGAAUAUGCCGGGCCCUUGAAGAGGUAUUUGGAUAGGUAUAGAGAGCUAGAAGGGGAUAGGGCCAAUCAAGACAGGAUUAGCAACAGUGAGGAGAAGGAAGAGGCAGUUUCAGAUAGAAAUCAAGCUGAAUCUUCUACUGAUCAGAGGAUGGCCAAUAGCUCCAAAUCAAGGCCUUGAUCCAAUGUUCUUGGAAGAGAUUCGAGAUAGAUAUAUGUAUAUGUCUUCAAAUCUCGGUUUUGAUUUGGUUCUAUGUUGAUGAAUAUUGCAGUUUUUGUUGGUAUUUUAUGGUGAGUUCAAGGA